UCUUUUACCCGGAAGUAGUCAAACAGAAGCUCUCCUGUGUUUUUGCAAACAUGUUUAAUUACCCCCAAAUCUGAACUUUUGGGGUACGCGAUGUUGGCAAAUAUUUAGCAGAAAUUACCCCUAGUAAAUCUAACAUGUCAGAUCGCAAACGAAGCCGUGAACACCGCGAGGACAGACAUGAACGAAAGAAACACAAGGAGUCAGGACAGGACGAUGACAAAUACAAGAAUCAAACCAAAAAACUCGUUUAUGAGGCGCAGAAGAUCGAGCAUGUCGAAACCUUCUAUGAAAAUCCUCCUCCCGGUCUCAUAAAGGAAAAGGAGGACAGGCCGGAGGACUGUAUUCCAGAGGGACCUGGCAAUGAGGAUGCCAGAAACUUCUUGGCUCAUGCCCCGACUAAAGGACUGUGGAUGCCUCUGGGGAAAGAGGUGAAGGUCAUGCAGUGUUGGAGAUGUAAGCGGUAUGGGCACAGAACAGGAGAUCGGGAAUGUCCUUUCUUCACCAAAGGCAAUCAGAAACUGGAGCAGUUCAGAGUGGCGCAUGAGGAUCCAAUGUACGAUAUCAUGAGAGAAAACAAACGCAAUGAAAAAGAAACCAGGAUCCAACAGCUGAGACAGCUCCUGCAGGACACCACCUCAGACUCUGACUCCUCCUCCUCAUCCAGUCAAAGCCACAAGAAGAAAAAGAAAAAAAAGGAGAAGAAGAAGAAACAAAAGAAGAAAAAGAAGAAGCACAAGGCUAAGGAUAGUGACGACUGACUGAAUCGGGGCUGGUGGUCCUUAUGUCGUGAUUUAAGUCAGCGUUCAUUAAUAGAAGCCUAUGAGGCCUUGGGUAAAACAGUGUUUCAGAUGGCUGCCCUAUCAGACGAGUCCUCUCCCCAGAUCCCCAAGCCAUCUUCAGAUCUGCUUAAUAAUGCAUGGGAGCAUUUAAUCCCCUCUGUUGCAUGGAAUGCUUAGGAUUUGUGCAUCUCUAUCAGAUUUCCUAAGGCUUUCAGAAAUAGUUUGUUUCUUAAGCUCCAUGAUUGUCUUUGGCUGAAGAUGAAAUCUGUUGAAUUGUAUGUUGAUUUUCAUCAUUGUAUGUUUCAGCAGAUGUUGCAGAGGCGUUUUCAAGUCUAUAAACCUGUACUGUCAUGUAAAGAAAUGAGUCGUGUUGUUUACUUUUGAUCUGAUUAAUGAUAAUCAGAUUUUUUUGUUAAAUAUUUUCAAGCAUUUGUGUUUUUUGUAAUUGAGCGUGAAAUUCACAUCCUCAGUUUUCAUCAUUUUGGGCGUUUGCAGCUGGCCGUGGUGCGUAAGCACAGCCAAUUAGCACCUCUUGAAGAGGUUACAAUGGUUGACAUCUUUCAUGUCACUAGAGAGAGGAGAAAAGCUCUCCUGUCAUUGAAACACGGCAGUCUCUGUAGUACAUGUACUAUUUUGUACAAAGGUAAACAGUGCAUCAUAACAUCAAAGAAGCUCUUUAUAAUGCUGCUUCAAUUAGAGACUAUUUAAAUGUGUGCUAUAACAAAGAGCAAUCGUGAAUUAUUAUUAGUCCAAUUUAAAGUAAAAGUGUUGAUAAACUAUUAUUCAACCAAGAUUUGAUUUCUGGCGGUUUUAGAUCAAUUUGUUCAAAUCUUCAGUCUAGAUUGUGUGUGUUUCUGUGUGUGCAAUGAAAGCUGGAUUCUCAUGUUUCCCAUUUAGUUCCUCUGUUCUAUUGUAACUCCCUUUGUGCUGAUAUUGCCCAGGGCAUUAGAUGCGUGUGUUUUUGUGUCAUAUUUCCCUUUUUAUCUGAGUCGUGAGUCUCACAAAUGGGUUUACCCGCUGAUCUAUUCUAUGUCAUGCAUCCUUUGUUAAAACACUAGAUUAAUUCUGCAGUAAAUACAUUUUGAAUGAUGACUAGUUUAAUUCUAAUCAGCGUGUGGUAUAAAAUUGAUCAGCAUAAAAGACAAAAAGAGUCCAAUGAUGGUGUCAUAAAUCAGUCAAUUAGUAAUCUGGUCAUUUUAUUUUGAAAACAAUAAAAAAGUCAUGCAUUUGAUUCAGUUACAGAUAAACUGAUAUCUUAUGAUUUAUUAAUGUUUUAUGAUAUUCUAGCCAAAAAUGUACCACUAGUGUAGAUUUAGAGUUUCUUAGUUUUAAAUGCAUCAGGAUCAUCCAUAGAAAAUGCAUUAUCUUCAGUACACGUUGGGAAGCAUGAGGUUCGUUUUAAUGAUUUCAUUAUAGAGGCUGUUUUUCAUUUUUGGUGUCCCAAAACAUCCAAAGUUAGAUUCAGCAUUCAAAGAAGAUUUUAAGCAAAGAGUGACCCGGCUUCUUAACUGCCGUUUAUUUGUAUGUUUUUGCAGUUGUUCUAUAAAGUUAAAACUUCACCUCUGUAGUCAUGAAUGGGUUUGCAUUGAUGCUUGAUUUUUUGAUGCUGGAUAUAUAAUCUUUUACAUCAAGUGACACUGCUUAACAGAAUUCUGCGGGGGUUUGAUUGUGCUUGAUACACAUUAACAUAUUGCAGGGAAAAACAGACAUAA